UGUCACUCCUCUUCCUCCUCCUCCUCCUCUUCCUCAGCGGACCGAGUCUUCCUCUCAGCCAGAGAGGAGCAUUUCAGACGUCUUCCUUGUCUCUCCGUCCAUCAUGGACACGUUUUUCCGCCGUCACUUUAAAAGGAAGGAGGCGGCUCUGCUGGCGGGGGCAGAGUCUAAAUCGGUCAACCGGCGGAGGCCCAGCGUGGCCGUCCCGACCAGCAAGGCCCGCCGGAGGUCCAACGCUGGGCUGCCGUCCUCCUCGCUGACCCAGCAGCGACGCCCCAGCGUCCAGCUGCAGGGGGCGCUGUCGUGCGCCGGAGGGGGGCGUCUGGCGAAGACGUCCCGGCACAGCAGGUGGGCGGGGCACGUCCGGCGGCGCUCCAGCACCACCACCCCCAGCCUCAACCCCAGGUUCGCCGUGUGCAGGAGGAAGGUGGGCAAGCUGCGGACCAUCGACACGCACCUGCUGGGCCCGUCCAUGCUGCUUGCCAGCCUCAUCCAGAUGGCUGAGGAAGAGGAGGAGGUGGAGGGGGCGGGGCUACCAGCCGGAGAGCAGCAGGUGGAGGUGAGGGGCGGGGCCAGCACCAGGAGGAUGUUCUCACGCUCCAGCAGCCUCCAAUCGGACAGCAGUGAUUACUCCACCGCCAACGACAGCCAAUCAGAAGCCAGCCAACCGUCCGAGGAGGCGGAGCAGCUGGCGGAGGAGGAGGAGGACGAAGAUGCCUCCUGGUCGCACGUCUCCUCCUCCUCCGACCGCCCGUCCUCCUCCGACCGCCCAUCCUCCUCCGCCGUGGAGGUGAUGAGAGAGACUCCGCGCCCCCCCCCGGCGUGGCGGCCCCUCAUCCGGGCCCCUCGCUGCCUGAGGAGGAACUCGUCUCAGCUGUUCUUAGGAGACGGCGCUCCUCUCGGCCGCCACCGGGCGUCCAGCCAGAGGAAGAGGAGGAGGAUCUCCACCAUCUCUAAGGCCGGGAGCCCCUGGCCGGGGAGGGGCCCCCCGCUGCCCAGCCGCAGGAGCUCGGUCCACUACCUCCAUCAGCCGGCCUUCUACCGGGGCCCCGGGGCCCUCAGCCCGCUGGGCGACGCCCACCUGGAGAGCUGGAGCAGCUUCCUGCUGAAAGCGAUGGCGAAGUCGGGUCUGCAGCACGCGGCGGCUCAGCCCAAGGCGGCAAUGUCCGGACAGACCGACCCGCUGCAGGAGCCCAACAGCACCGUGGACUGGAGCGAUAACGCCCAGUUCGGGGACCACAUCUGGUUUGAGACCAGUGGCUCUGGAGACUUCUGUUAUGUUGGAGAGCAGUACUGCAUAGCUAAGUCACUGCAAAAGUCAGUGGCGAGGAAGAAAUGUGCCGGCUGUAAGAUAUCGGUCCACACGAUGUGCAUGGAGCAGCUGGAGAAGAUUAAUUUCAGGUGCAAGCCGUCAUUUAGAGAACCAGGAUGUCGGGCCAUUCGAGAGUCCAACGUUGUGCGACACCACUGGGUCCACAGGAGACAUCAAACAGGGAAGUGUCGACAGUGUGGGAAGGGAUUUCAACAGAAGUUUUCAUUUCACAGCAAAGAGAUUGUUGCCAUCAGCUGCUCGUGGUGCAAACAGGCGUACCACAAUAAGGUGACGUGCUUCAUGCUGCAGCAGAUAGAGGAGUGCUGCUCUCUGGGAGCUCACGCUGCCGUCAUCAUUCCUCCUACCUGGAUCAUCAGGGUCCGCAGAAUACAGUCGUCUCUGAAGUUGAGUAAAAAGAAGAAAAGGACGUCGCUGAAAUGCAACAAAUCGAGCAAGAAGGGAUCAGAGAUCCAAGAUGGCCGCUGGAAGCCCUUCCUGGUGAAGCCCCUCCCCUCUCAGCUCAUGAAGCCUCUGCUGGUGUUUGUUAACCCGAAGAGUGGAGGAAACCAGGGAGCCAAGAUCAUCCAGUCCUUCAUGUGGUACCUGAACCCUCGGCAGGUGUUUGACCUGACGAAGGGAGGACCCAGAGAGGGGUUUGAGCUGUACGCCAAAGUGCCCAACCUGAGGAUCCUGGCCUGUGGGGGGGACGGGACAGUCGGCUGGAUCUUGUCCGUGUUGGAUGAGCUGAAGCUCCGCCCCCAGCCUCCUGUAGGUAUCCUCCCUCUGGGGACCGGAAAUGACCUGGCGAGGACUCUCAACUGGGGAGGGGUGAGUUAUGCUGGUGUUUAACUGGAGUUAUACUGGGGUUUAACUGGAGUUAUAAUGGGGUUUAACUGGAGUUAUACUGGGGUUUAACUAGAGUUAUACUGGGGUUUAACUGGAAUUAUACUGGGGUUU